AAAUGAGUUAUAAAGAAGAAGAUGAGGCUUUAGAAGUAUAUGAAGGAUCUAGAAAUAAUAAUGGGGAAAGGCAUGGGUUUGGAAAAUGUUAUUUUACCAAUGGUGAUAUAUACGAAGGUCAAUACGAACAUGGAAAAAGACAUGGCAGUGGAAAUUACCAGUUUGUUUCUGGAGCUCAAUACAUCGGUGAAUACCAAAACGGUAAAAAGCAUGGCUGUGGAACAAUUAACAAUCCGGAUGGAAGUAAAUACGAAGGGCAGUGGUUUAAUGGUCAAAAAAAUGGUAGCGGUACGUACCAUUAUGUAAAUGGAGAUAUAUAUGAGGGCGAAUGGAGUAGAGAUCAACGUAAUGGUCAUGGAAAAUAUAUAUAUUAUGAUACAGGUUCUAUAAUGGAAGGAUUUUGGAUGAACGGCAACUUAAAUGGUACAGGACGCAUUGUACAUAAAAGUUAUCGCUUUUGUGGAGUUUUUGUUAAUGGAAAACAAGUAGGAAAUGGAAGUUAUUUCUUUGAUAAUGGUUUGGAGCAGCAAGGCUAUUUUCGAAAAAUAAAUAAAGAUCAAGUUGAAAAUAAAUGCAACCAGUCAGAACUUGAAUGGAGUCCAACAAAACUUAUUCAACUAAAAAAAAUUUAAACAAUUAACACAAAAGUUGAAAGAAGUAAUUUUUAAAUAUGCAUCUGUUAAGCAUGAAAAAACUUAGUUAUGAUGAA